CUGUACCGUUCCUUCUGUGAAAGCACAGUUCUUUCACUCGUAAACCUCUGCUUUGUACUAUUGUGUACUUUUAAACCAGAGCGUUGUAAUAUUUGUAUUUUGUGUGAAAUACGUUCGAAGCAUUAAAUAUUAGCGUGAAUUUACAUAGAACGAAUUGUUAAUAACAAUUCCCAGAAAGAAAUAUUGUAAUAGUUCCACUCGUAUUGCUGCUUCAUGUUCCAUCAUGAGUGACUAUUCAGCGGUUGCUCCGCCUCAAAAUUUUAGCCAAAGCUCCGCGUUUGCGGCGGCUUUGCAACGUGCAAAACAAAUAGCUGCUAAGAUUAAUCCUGCUGGUGCUCAAAAUAAUCAAGAUGCCAAGUUAAAGCGUCCUCUUGAAGACGGCUCAGUUAUCCUUCCAGAACCAGAAGCAAAGAAAAUGGCAUCGUUAGUAGCAGAUCCUUUAAUUGGACUUCGUGGUCCACCAGGAAGUAAUUCAUUAGGAGAUUCAAGUAGUCAAGGUGGAAGAUCAGGACCAACAGGAUCAUCCUCAGGACCAAUUGGGAAUGUAGGAGGUAUUUGUAAUGAAGAUAUCAGAGUUCCAGAUAAAAUGGUUGGUUUGAUAAUUGGCAGAGGUGGAGAACAAAUAACAAGAUUGCAAAGCGAAACAGGAUGUAAGAUACAGAUGGCACCAGAAAGUGGUGGGCUACCUGAACGUGUUUGCACAUUAACUGGCUCACGAGAAGCUGUCAAUCGAGCUAAAGAAUUGGUACUAUCAAUUGUCAAUCAGAGAAGUAGAACUGAAGGAAUUGGCGAUAUGAAUAUGAGUGGGAAUAAUAGUGGUAUGAUGGGACAUCCCGGAUUUGUCGAAAUAAUGAUUCCUGGGCCUAAAGUUGGUUUAAUUAUUGGAAAAGGGGGAGAAACGAUAAAACAACUUCAAGAGAAAUCUGGAGCUAAGAUGGUUGUUAUUCAAGAAGGACCUUCUCAAGAACAAGAAAAACCUUUGAGGAUAACGGGUGAUCCACAAAAAGUUGAAUAUGCCAAACAAUUAGUAUAUGAAUUAAUAGCUGAAAAAGAAAUGCAAAUGUUUCAUAGAGGUGCAAGAACUAGCGAUAGGAGCGGAAGUUAUUCAAAUGAUAGCAGUUUCAAUCAUGGUUCUGGAGGUGGCGGCGGCGGUAGCGGCGGCGGUGGUGGAGGUGGUGGUGGAACCACCGAUGGAGUAGAGGUACUUGUUCCGAGAGCAGCGGUAGGCGUUGUCAUUGGUAAAGGAGGAGACAUGAUAAAAAAAAUACAGGCGGAAACUGGUGCAAGAGUUCAGUUCCAACAGGGAAGAGAAGAUGGUCCCGGAGAUAGAAAAUGUAUAUUAUCUGGGAAACAUCAAGCUGUAGAACAAGUUCGUCAACGCAUUCAAGAACUCAUUGACAGUGUAAUGAGAAGAGAUGAUGGUAGAGGUAACAUGGGAGCAAGAAGUGGUGGUCCGCGAGGCAAUGGAUUUGGCGGCAAUCGUAAUCCAAAUGAAUACGGAGGUUGGGACAGACGUCAGGGAGGACCUAUGCAAGAUAAAGUAGAAACAACAUUUACUGUCUUAUCGUCAAAGUGUGGUAUUAUUAUUGGAAAAGGCGGCGAAACUAUUAAGCAAAUAAAUCAACAAACUGGGGCUCACUGUGAAUUGGAUAGAAGAAAUCAAAGUAAUGAAAAUGAGAAAAUUUUCAUAAUUCGUGGCAAUCCUGAGCAAGUUGAACAUGCAAAAAGAAUAUUUAGUGAAAAAUUAGGCAUGGCACCGGCUAACCCAUCGUUUACUGGCGCACAAGGGGCAAUCGGAUAUAACCCAACCUGGAAUACUGGAACAGCUUAUCAAGCAUGGCCAAAUCAACCUCAAACAACCGAUACAAAUGCAGGCAACCAAGCACCUGUUCAAGUAAAUCCACAAACAGGACAACCGGAUUAUAGUGCGCAAUGGGCGGAAUAUUACAGAUCGCUCGGUAUGCAUAGAGAAGCAGAUAUGAUCGAGCAACAAGCGAAACAAGGAAAACAGGAUCACAAUCCACCAACAGGGAAUCCUCCGAAUCAACCUAACCCUACAACAGCUGGUAAUUCUGGACCAGCUCCACAACAGCAACAACCUCAACAACCACAGCAAACGGGAGCUACUCAAAAUGGAGGUCAAGCCGACUACAGUGCACAAUGGGCAGAAUACUAUAGAAGUAUUGGUAAAAUAAAAGAAGCAGAAGCUAUAGAAGCUCAAAUGAAAGCGGGAAAGUUGGGAAUGCAGAACAAUCAAAUGGCUCAACAACAAAUGCAACAGAGCAUGCAAGGUCAAUCAGGUCCACCGGGCGGUGCUCCUAACGCGUUUCCACAAACUUAUGGUAGUUAUCCAACAAUAAAUCCUGGUUCAACUCCGACGGGGUAUUACGCAGCAGGGGCUGGAUCUGCCACCCAACCACAAGCUGGUCAACAAAAUCCAUCUUUCCCCGGGGGCUAUCAGAACUAUCCUUAUUCGCAAACGAAUACAGAAAGUUAAACUUCCAUCAAGGAAAACAUAAACUUCGUGAAUUAAAACGGGCAGUGGUUUGGUAUAACUUUAAGUAACGGACAAUUUACUACCAAUUGUUUAUUAACAAUUGUUCACUGUGUCUAUCAAGUCUUACGUAUCGUUUCGUAAAAUUUGAAUAAGCGUAACUAAAAAGUUUGUAAUAUGAAUAGUAUCUUAAACGUAAAUAUUUAAGUUAAAGAAAAUAGUUCUCUUUUUGUUUUAUAUUACAGCAUGUACGUAACAGAAUUUAUAUUUACAUCUAUGUAUUUCAAGAGUAUGUUUUUUUAUGUAUCAAUUACAAUUCAUAAUCGAAGUAAGUAAAAAUAAACAGUACUUGGUUUUUUUUCAACUACUAUCAAAGGUUGUUUGUAAGUAAUCAAUUCAUUUUGUAUUAUGUAUUAAUAACAAAAUUUAAAUAUAAUUGCAAGGACUAAAUUUUGUACAGAAUGUUUUUAAAAAUUACAUUAUAACAUACAUUAUAUUUUUCGAAUUAUAACAAUGAAUAAAGAGUAAUGAAAAUGUUUCAGGCACAACGGAACUUACCAUUGCUUCUAACGAAGAAAAUCAAUUGGUAGGUAUAAAUAUGUUUGUAAUAUUUUAUACAUUAUAUUACUUUCAGCAUUCGUAGAAAGGGAGAAAUAGGGUCGUAAGGAAAGGUUUGUAAAAGUAUGAAUUUUUAACAGGAUGGUAGAAAUCUUUUUUCAAUAAAUUUUUUAAUUGUCUUUAGAAUAUAUUUUAUUUGGCUUAUGUAUUUUAAAUAUGUUAUUCUGUUUUAUAUUAACAUGUGUUGCAAGUAAAUUCGCUUUGUACAUAUGUACAUACGACUUAUUGAAAGCUAUUACAUGUAUUAUGUAUAUCAAAUACGAAUUCAUUUAUUUUGAU